AUGGACGGACGCCGGCGACAGAGAGAGACCUACUCCGAAGCCAUGGUCCGUGAGAACGAACUCGAAGGCUUCCUUCUCAUGUGCAUCCCGCAGAUCCACUCUCAGCUGCGCACGCCGGCGGGCGCGACGCGCGAGGAGGCGGAGCUGAGGCGGGCGCGGUUGCUCGAGCUGGUUCGCGAGUUCGAGAAGGAGGUGGACGAGGUGCAGCGGCCUGGCGGCAGACUGAUCGAGCAGGAGGUGCACUGCGGGGAGCGGUACGGGUACCUCUUCAUGGUCAUCGAGGGUGUGCGGCAGGUGUACUUUAUCCAACAAUAG